AUGGCUCCUCUUACCGACACGGUCGUCGAUGACCUGAAGAGCACUGUCUCGAGACUGGAGCAGCGCAUCGCCGAACUGGAGAACAGGCUGAGCGGUCAUGGAGCGAGCGCGCCGGCGUCGACGGAGAGCGUGCGCAUGAUUUUGAUGGGGCCUCCGGGUGCUGGCAAAGGCACGCAGGCACCGCGAAUCAAGGAGAAGUUCUGCGCCUGCCAUUUGGCCACUGGAGACAUGCUGCGCGCCCAGGUCGCGGCCAAGACGACGCUCGGCCGGGAAGCGAAGAAGAUUAUGGAUGCGGGUGGCCUGGUCAGCGACGAGAUCAUGGUCAACAUGAUCAGGACUGAGCUCGAGAACAACGAGGAGUGCAGGAAGGGCUUCAUCCUCGAUGGCUUCCCCCGCACAGUCACUCAAGCCGAGAAACUCGACGGCAUGCUCGAAGCCACCAACAAGCCCCUCCAGCACGCCGUCGAACUGCAAAUCGAUGAUGGCCUGCUCGUCUCGCGUAUCACUGGGCGCCUCGUCCACCCCGCCUCCGGUCGCUCCUACCACAAGAUCUUCAACCCACCCAAGGCACCCAUGACCGACGAUGUCACCGGCGAGCCCCUCAUUCAGCGCUCAGACGACAACGAGGACACUCUCAAGAAGCGUCUGUCGACUUACCACGCCCAGACGGCGCCCGUCGUAGCUUACUACCAGAAGACGGGUAUCUGGAAACCUAUUGAUGCGAGCCAAGAUCCUGGACAGGUGUGGAAGAGCUUAUUGAAGAUUUUUGACGACAAGGCCAUGGUUGCUGGACGGUCGGGGAGCUUGUUGAACAAGAUUGGGCUUAAGAACUAG